AUGUAUCAUCCUAACCACUUCUUUCUUUCUUUCUUUCUUUCUUUCUUUCUUUCUUUCUUUCUUUCUAUAACGGUUUCCUUCUUUUUGAUUCGUCCUUUCCUUUUCCUCCUUUGUAACUCGUUCUUAAUUUUUUUUCUUUGUUUCUUUCUAUUUUCUCCUCACACUCCGCGGGUUUUUUAUUACCUUUCUUUCUUUCUUUCUUUCUUUCUUUCUUUCUUUCUUUCUUUCUUUCUUUCUUUCUUUGUUACCUUUCUUUCUUUCUUUCUUUCUUUCUUUCUUUCUUUCUUUCUUUCGUUCUUUCUUUCUUUCUUUCUUUCUUUCGUUCUUUCUUUCUUUCGUUCUUUCUUUCUUUGCAACUUUUGUCCUUUUAUUUUUCUUUGUUUACUCCAUAAUCUCCUUUACUCUUUCUUUCUUACUCUUUUUUUUCUUUCUUUCUUUCUUUCUUUCUUUCUUUUUUCAUUCUUUCUUUCUUUCACUUUUUCUUUUUUUUCUUUCUCUCUUUCUGUUUUCUUUCUUUAUUUAUUUCACAUUUUCUUUCUUUUUUCUUUCUUUCUUUAUUUCACAUGUCUUUCUAUCUUUCUUUCUCUCUUUCUUUAUUUCUUUCUAUUUUCUUUCCUUCUUUUUUUUCUUUCUUUCUUUCUUUAUUUUUUCUUCCUUUCACUUUUCUCUCUAUCUUUUUUCUCUCUUUUUUUACUUUAUUUAUUACACUUUUUCUUUCUUGAUUUCAUUUUUUCUUUCUUUCUUUCUUUCUCAUUUGAGAUCUCUCUCUCUCUCUCUCUUUCUUUCUUUCUUUCUCUUUUUAUUUCUUUCUUUAUUUCACGUUUUUUCUGUCUUUCUCCCUUUCUUUCUCUUUUUUCCUUACUUUCUUUGUUUCACUUUUCUUUCUUUCUGCCUUUCUUUAUUUAUUUCUAUUUUUUCUUUCUUUCUCUCUUUCUUUAUUCAUUUCUUUCUUUCUCUCUUUCUUUAUUCAUUUCUUUCUUUCUUUCUUUCUUUCUUUCUUUCUUUCUUUCUUUUGCUUUAUGCCUUAACUUCGAAACUUUUACCAAAUUGUUGCUUUUCCUUUCUUUGUUUAAUUCACAAUCUUCCUUCCUUUCUUUCUUUCUUUCUUUCUUUCUUUCUUUCUUUCUUUCUUUCUAUUUUUCUUCCAUCUUAAUCCUCUCUCUUCUUCUGCCCUGCCUUUAUUUCCAUUUUCUUUGA